AUGCCCUCUCCUCCAUCUACCUUUGCUCUAUAUGCCUUUGUGCUCUCCCUCUUGUCCUUUGUUAGCUUGGCUUCCUGCUCGGUGAUCCCUGUCGACGUCUCUCAGCGAAGUCAAGCUUCAGAAGUGACGGAGCCCAUCGAAGCUAGACAGAAUUUCACCCUCCGCGGCGAGUCGCGUCAGCUCGAGAAGCGCUUCAGCAAUGCUCGCUUCACCUUCUACGAUGCUGGCCUUGGUGCCUGUGGUCGGGUCAACACCAACAGCGACUUUUGUCCUGGGUGUCCCUACGGCGGACUUGAUCUCACAAGGGGACUCUUCGGGUAUUUUGCCAAUCACGAUUUGGGUGUCAUCCACGGUGAUUGGGACUUUGGAGGAGCGGCUGUGCAACCUGCUCCGCCCCCACCUCCUCCCCCUCGCACCUCGACACCUCCUCCACCCCCUCCUCCUCCGCCUACAUCCACAAGGAGGCCCACGUCCACUCCUCAGGCACCCCCUCCUCCCCCACCCCCAACUUCCACUCCCAGGCCACCUCCUACCUCAACUCCGCGGGCUGCCCCUCCCCCUCCUCCCACGAGCUCCUCGAGGCCUGCUUCCACCCAGUCUCCGGCUCCUACUCCGAGCUCCCCGUCCGCUUUAGCGCCGACGGGAGCAGCGGACAGAAUCCCGGAUAAUGUCCUGAACGAGUUGAACCGGGCAUUCUCAGCAAUCGGAAUCCUCCUCGCCAACAUCCUCCAAAAUCCGGAAAACAGACAACAGCAAUAGACGAAUCAUGGCAUAUUAUCUCAUAGAAUCAUCUGCAGUCUGCCUGCAGGUGCAGGAUCGCAACUUCUUCCGCUUUUCUCUCCCUCAUCUAUCUAUGCGUUCUCAUUCUCAAGGCAAUCGGAUUCGGACGGCAGGACUUGGCUUUACAUUCGACGCUUCGGCAUGGCCCAACGGUUCGUCGAAUCAUUUCGCAUCGAUUGCGGCUCUCUCUUUACUCUUCUGUCACAAUGGUCUCCCACUUCACACUGCAUCUAUAGACGAUACCGCGACCACCAGGGUCGGGUCUCACACAACUGCACAUGCAUUCCUAUUUUCAUCCUCAUUCUUCCUAUCUAUGCGUUCAACACACUUCAUCAUUUGGCAACCCCAUCGUUUGCAUUGGCAUCGCAUCAUAUAGAGUUACUUUUGUCCUUCUGUUCCCAUCCUGCUCUCCAGUCGAACUGGAGGCAUGUACUGUGUAUUCUAUCCCUUCAAUCAUUGUUCUAUCACCAUCGGAGAUGUGAUUAUGGCCGCAGCGCUACCUUGUUCGCAUCGACAUUUUGUAACAUCACUUUGUAAAACAAAAUAUUUUGUUGUAUACGUAUUUUC